AUACUUUUCUUUAAACGCCAAGAAAGAAACAAGGGCAUUGCGAAUAAACAAUCGUGAUCUCGGGCAAAACCCGAACUCUCUCAGGCAAUAACUUUCUUUAACCUUGAAAACAUCUCAAAUUUUGUAAAGUUCUUAAUAAAACUUAUGGAACAUGCUUCUGAAUGUUAGAUACAAGAAUCGUUUCUAUCUAGGUUCUUCCCAUGUUGACAAAGAAUCUAAAAGAGAGAAAACGAGAAUCAGUCAGAUGUGGAGAGUCAUUUGGAUGUAGCAAUAUACUCAAUAACAGCAUUUUUGACUGUCGUGAACAUAAUUAAUCACCGUAGUUGAUGUUUUAAGCUUAGUUUCAGUAAGAUCACGGUUGUGGCCGAAAUACAAAAUGAGAAUAGCAAGAUGGCUGUAAUAGUCAAAAUUACAAUCUGGCCGCAAAAAUCCUAGAACCUAUUUGUCCCACCUUCAAUUUUACGAAAGUGCAUCAUAGCCCAUACAACGAUGGUAUUGUACCUUUAUCACCGGACCAAGAGUGAUUGGCUAUUACAGUCAUCUUGCUAUGCUACUUUUGUAUUUCGGCUACAACUGCGAUCUUACUGAAACUAAGCUUAAAAUAUCAACUACGGUGAUUAAUUAUGUUCGCGAUAGUCAGAAAUACUCAGCCUAUGAUACAAGGUCGGACGAAUCAGAUUCACGAUAUGUUUUUCACAGCGAGAGUGAAAGUGACCAUUCAGACACGUAGUGUCCCGACCAUGCUUUUUUACGGUAACCUACGAGAAGAAAUAAAGAAUUUCCAGUCAUUCUGACAUGAGAUUAGUUGUUCAAAGGUUAAAGAAAAACAAAUUAAACCUUUAGAAACAUUCCAAAUCUUUCGUAGAAGUUGUCGAGACAGAAAACGGUGUACAAGUUCCCUAAGAUUUUACCGGCGAAGUAUCUAAUUCAUAAAGGAUGCUACCAGGCUUCGUUAAGUUUUCUAUCUAUACAUAUUGUAGCGCUUUUCAAGGCGCAUCGAAUGGUGUAUUGGACUAAGCUAAAUAUUAGAUACUAUAAUUAUGCAAGAAAUUCCACGUUUUUGUAUUAUCUUUGAGUCAACCAGGCGCUCUAAUGUAAUUUUAGGCGUGUCGGCCAUCUUGAAUUUUUAUACAAAACGAAUAAAAUAGUUCUCCGUAAACACGAGCGCUCUAUAAAUUAAAUUAGCAAAAUCGAAGCUAAUUUAUUCAGUAUAUGAAGAAAAAAAUAUUCUGGAUCAAACUGUCGAUUCAGAUUUUUGAGACCUGCGCGCGGGCUGUGGUCCCAUAUCCAAUAUGCUUAGACGUUUCUCUUGUAAGAUUCUUGUGUAAGAAUCGAUGUCUAGGGUAAUGGUAUUAAAUACUCGUUCUCCCUCUAGUGUAGUAGGUUUAUCUUUAUACCAUGUGUUAGGCCACCUAAGCUGUCAUUCUUCUCUUUUUUUUUCGUUUGUUAUCAUAAAAGAAUGUUGGGUUGAAAAGAGUUGAGUCAUCAUUCUUUUCUGUCUUGAGUGAUACUAUAUAUAGCGUUUGACUCUUAGUUUGAAGAAAGAGUAUCUUUCGGUUUCUUCUUCGAAUCGAGAUUUCCUGUGUUUGCUUUUGAUCGUCAAAUUGAACAAGUGACCACGAAAAACGUGUUAUUGACAUUUUUUCUAAAUCAAUGAUGUGUGACCUAUCAUCACGUUGUAUAUAAAAUGAGUAUUUUUUUCUCUAUUUUUUCUCUGAGAAACAUGUAAAUUUAUAGACGGUUGCAAAAAGUAUGUGCUUUUUAAAAUCAUUUUUUUAUCGUUUAUUAUUCUCAUUUCUACUGUUUGGACACCACAUUUCGAGUUUACUAUUGCUACUAAAGUACGAUACUUACAUAGCACUAUUAGAGAAGAAUAACUUUGACCAACUGUUAUCAUAUGAACGGAUUUUUAAUUCAACAAAUGAUGAUUAUCUACAAGCUAAAUACGAUUUUUUAACAGAAUGCAGGCGUGAGUAUGAAACCGACGUAGUUGAACUAAAGAAAAUCGAUGAAUUUGAAAAACAUUAUCGGCCGAAUCAAGCUGUCUAUUGGUAUACACGUGAUUCAUUCGUUUAUCGAUUAGUUAAUAAAGCUUUAAGGACAGAAGAUUUUUGUAUAAUUAAUAAAUAUCGUUUAUUAAUUACAGAUUUACAUACGCAGUUAACUAAAUUACAUGAACAAUUUUAUAAGCAAGAUCUUACAUGUCCAGGCCAAACUUUCUAUCGCGGUCAACAGCUUUCAGUAAAAGAACUAGAAAAAUCAAACUUUGGACAAUUGAUUACUUUUAAUGGUUUCUUAUCCGUAACAUCAUCAAAAGAUGUGGCUCUAAUUUAUGCGGAUACAACAAAGGACGAUUCUUCAGCUUCAUUUCAAAGUGUUUUAUUUACGGUUAAAGUCGAUAAUCGAAAAGGUCUCUUUUCAACCUUUCAUACGAUUGAAAAACUGAGUAAUUUUUCCAAUGAAAAUGAAGUACUAUUUUCAUUGGGAACUAUAUUUCGAGUGCAAUCAAUUGUUAAAGAUGAAACAGAUCGGUUGUGGAAUAUAGAAUUAAAACUACGGUUUUCAAUCAUAUAUGUUAAGAAUCCAGCUGUUCUUAAUUAUGAUCAUCUAAACGGACCAUCAGCAACAGAUUAUUAUUAUCAAAUUUAUAUCAAACAGUUUUGUUGA